CGCCGCCCAUUUCCCUGAUCAGCGAUCAAAUCAAAGCCCUGGCUGGUUGGCUCCGUCCAAAAGCCCCCAAAAGCCGCGGCGGCUUAGGGUUUCCGGCGAGAGGCGGGCGGGGCAUGCGAGCGCCGCGAGGCCCUCAUCCGUCCAUGGUGCGCGGCGGCGGGUGGAGACGGAAGGUGACGCCGAACCUGGGGGCGGACCAGGAGGGCACGCGGACGCUCAACCUCACCGUGCUGCGGCGCCUCGACCCCGCCGUCGCCGACAUCCUCAUCAUCGCCGCGCACGUCACCGCCUACAGCUUCGACGAGGGCACGAACCAAUGGAGCCGGAAGGGCGUGGAGGGGUCGCUCUUCGUCGUCAAGAGGAACACCCAACCCAGGUUCCAAUUUAUUGUCAUGAAUCGUCGAAACACAGAAAAUUUUGUUGAAGAUCUCUUGAGAAAUUUUGAAUACCAGGUGGAAGUUCCCUACAUAAUGUAUCGCAAUGCUUUAGAUGAAGUUAUUGGAAUUUGGUUCUAUGAUCCUCAGGAAUGUGAAGAAGUGGCACAUCUUUUCAGUAGGAUACAUAAGGCAUUUUCUAGGGCGUCCCCAGAGGCAAUGGUUUCUGCAAUUCAAAGUGAUUUUGAAGAGCCUGAAUUGGCAUAUGCUGUUCCUUCAGCUGAAGAUACCCUAAUAUCAGCCUUGCUUACAGCAGCUGCAUGUGUUGGUGCACCCACCGGUGGAACAGGUGCAGUACAGCCAAAUCAAUCUGUCAGGACAGUUGCUUCAUCUAGGCAUGCAUCACCCAGUGCUAUGUCAUCGCACCCUCCUGUAGCCUUGCAUAGCCUGCCUCCUUCAAGGACCCCAUCAGCUCCUGUGAUGCCCCCAGAUGCUCAUAGAUCCACUAGUGCUCCUGCCAUUGAACCUGCUAGUCUUACGAAACCAUUACUCUUUCCUCCCAUCACAUCUUCGCAAACAACAAUGGCUCCUGCUGCCUUUUCAUCUUCUGCUCUUCCUCCAUUUCAUCCUCCCGUUGCCAUUCAGCACCAGCAAAGUGCUCCCUGGCUCCGGCCCUUUCCACCCAGUGCUCCUCCUUCACUUCAUCCUCAGCACCGGCAAAGUGCUCCCUUGCUCCAACCCUUUCCACCACCACCACCCGCUGCAUCCCUCCCUCCACCAUAUGGCGCGCCAAUACUUCAGCCAUUUCCACCACCUAAUCCUUGCCCACUGCUUGCCCCAACAGCAUGUUAUGGCCCAUUACUAUCAAGAGACAAAGUCAGAGGUGCAAUGCUGAAGCUCGUGCAGAACGACGAUUUCAUCGAUAUGGUCUACCGAGAGAUUGUAAAAGGGCAGCAGUAACUUUGAAGUUCAGAGACUGACAUGUCUACUAUAGGCUUGGUUUGUGUUUCAGAGGGCGCCUUUGUCCAAGCCUGCAUAGUCAGAUAGUAUAUCUGUGCAUCUCAAAUACACGUAGAGGAUAACAUAGUUGAGACCACGGUCGAGUGCUUUGGAGCUGUAAUCUGAAUGCCGAAAACUGAGUUCCUCGCCGAAUCUCUGGGAUCUAUCUUACCAGCUUACCGACUGAAUUAGUUUUCCAGACGAGCAUGUGUUACCUGUUUUAGGUGGGGAACAGGGGAUGUAUUUGUUUUUGACAUGCUAUAGCUAUCUCUGCACAACAUACUGCAAAUGCCAGUGUAAGUAGUUCAUAUUGCUCCCC